UACUGGACACAGAUUGCAUUGCUGUGUCGUGGCUCUGUAACAUAACGCGAAGGUGGAGAAGAAGAAGUGAAUUGCGUGCUCUCAUUUGACCGUAAAGCAAAUUUUCAUGAUUUUAAGAGCAAACAUAUUUCCUCAAUUGAUCUACACUUAGAUAACGGGAUUCACCAGCUCCGGAUAUGUCCUUCAUAUUUGAUUGGAUUUAUAGUGGUUUCAGUAGCGUAUUGCAGUUUCUAGGACUGUACAAGAAAUCGGGCAAGUUAGUAUUUCUUGGACUGGACAAUGCUGGCAAGACGACGCUACUGCACAUGCUCAAAGAUGACAGAUUGGGACAGCAUGUGCCAACUUUACAUCCAACCUCAGAAGAACUGACGAUCGCUGGCAUGACCUUCACCACCUUUGACCUUGGAGGCCAUGCACAAGCUCGCAGAGUGUGGAAAAACUACCUCCCCGCCAUCAACGGCAUCGUCUUCCUUGUGGAUUGCAUCGACUUCCCUAGAUUGCCAGAGUCCAAAACAGAACUUGAUGCUCUAAUGACAGAUGAGACCAUUGGAAACGUGCCUAUCCUGGUCCUCGGCAACAAGAUUGACAAAACAGAAGCCGUCAGUGAGGAGACACUACGUGAGAUGUUUGGAUUAUAUGGUCAGACAACAGGCAAGGGCAACAUUCCCAUGAAGGAGCUGAACACGAGACCACUGGAGGUGUUCAUGUGCAGCGUGCUGAAGAGGCAGGGUUACGGCGAGGGCUUCCGCUGGCUCUCCCAGUACAUUGACUAGAGCCCCGGCACCAGGAGGUGCUACAGGGAGACACCCCACUUCUACCGCCACCAUACUCAGUCCCAUGUUUGGUUUAUAAAGUCUGCCUCCGCCACCAGAAAAAAACAGUACAACUUGAACCCAAUACUUUUAUUGGUCUCCAGAACACUUUUUUGGGGUUACACUGUCUCUUUUUUUCCAAGAGAAUUAACAUAGCAUUGGUUCUGCAGAAGUGUUUUAAAUAAUUCUAACGGAUUAAUCUUUUCUAUUUUGUUUCCAUCUAUUCGCCUCCCCAUGACAUCUGUUGGUGUGACAAAUGCAGUAUAUAAUUGUAAAUCUGUAAAUGAAUCUAAUCUGCCACCUUCCAACACAUUUUGAGCAGUGAGACAGCUGAUUAGUUGUACACAUCGCAAUACUUUUUUAACAGGAAAGGCAACAUACAGACAUGACUCGUGUUUAAUCAUGUUUCAUUAAUGUCUUUUCUUCAUCCUAUAUUUUUUACAUAGUAAGAAGUGUGGCCAAGUAGACAACAGCACUCACCUUAAAGAAAACCCUUCCGUCUCUCUGGCUGUGUCAUUUUCUUCUAAUAAACUGAGCCCUGCAUUGAUCUACAUUAAUGUAUUGGAAAUAGUUACAUUUCUUAAGAGUUUGUCACUUGUAUUGGCAUUUAAGGUAAUCCCAUUUCCAAACGGCAAUGUGUUGUCUGUGGACAUGGACUAGUCCCAUGCUCCAAGACUGGAGUGUAGGUAGGCCAAUGGGUUGUAGGCAGCAUGGAACUCUGGGGGUCGACAUGCUGUGGUAAGAUUGAAAGGACCAUAUACGACAAUGGGAGGGGACAUUUUAAUUUGGAAGAAUGAAAAGGAAUAAUAUUGGCUAUAUAACCAUCUCUCUGGGGUUUGAGGUUCAAAUUGUUAGCUAGCAGACAAGAUCAGAAAGAUAUUUAACUGUGAAUGAAAUGAUUGAAAAUAGCUUGAUGAUAAUAUGCAGUAAAAAGUGGUUGGAGCUAUGUAACAUCUCAGUAGUUGGCAAUGUUAGAAAGUCAGAUGAGUUCCCUCAAGCAGAGCUGGGCCCAGGUUCACCUUAGAAACCGACCCUGAACAGGAUGAAUAUAGUGUCCCAAGUUAGAGAUGAGGAAUAGUCCACGAGUGAAAACUUAGCAGAAAGGGACCAUAUGGGAUUUUUUAAAUAAGUGGUUUCCUUGAUCAAUGUGCAUUAUAAAACUAUUAUGCAUGCCUUGUUCUUUGUUUUUUAUCGACCAUAUACAGAAGUACAACGAGGGAGCAGAUGCCAAAUUACAGUGUAAGGAAUUGAGUGCUUAUCUCAAAACCUGUCGUUUUUUUCCUGUUCUGCCCUUCGGUGUUUUCAUUUCCUCAUAUUCCAUGAACUGUUCCGAUAAGGGAGACUUACUGUUUGCAUCAUAAAUUGUAAUAAACAUUUGCAAUGAAUAACCGAA